AUGGGAACCUUUGUUUUGUUCCGGGACAAAAAUAGCAAACGGACACACUUCCGGUUUAAACAUUUGAGCUUCCGUUAAAAGAACAACACUGUGAAAACGGUUCCAACCCCCUAAGAACCCGUUGUUCAGAUGGACCGCGUAAGAUCUUCGGACAGAGCUGGAAGAGAGAAAAAACACGAGAAAAAGAAACGAAAACGACCUCCUUCUUCCUCUUCAUCGACCUCCUCUUCCAGCAGCAGGAGCAGAUCGUCUCAGAAAAAAACUCACAGGAAGAAAGAAGUUGCGCAGAGAAAGAAACGCAGAACACGAUCCUCGUCCUCCUCCUCUUCUUCCUCCUCCUCCUCUUCCUCCUCCUCAUCAUCUUCGUCAUCCAGCGAUGAGAGGGCAAAGAGGAAGAAAAGCAAAGCAAAGAAAAAUAAGUUGAGAAAGCAAAAAGCAAAGCUGAAGAAGCAAAAAAAGAAGGAGAAGAGGAAACUGAAAAAGAAGGAGAAGAAGCUGAAGAAGGAAGCAGAAGAGCUCCAAAAGCCAGCAGAGAAACCUACGUCCUACCUGGAGGUGUGGCAGAAUGCUGAUGGGGAAGAGGACUUCGGGCCUGUCAUGACCGAUGAGCAGAAGGCCCGUCUCUCCACCAAGAGGCCCCUCACAAAAGAGGAGUACGAGGCCCGGCAGAGCGUGAUUCGCAGGGUGGUGGACCCUGAGUCAGGACGGACCAGACUGGUGAGAGGAGAGGGGGAGAUCAUUGAGGAGAUGGUCAGCCGGGAGAAACACAAAGAAAUCAAUAAGCUCGCUACAAAGGGAGAUGGAAACACCUUUCAGAGAACACUCGGCAUCAACAGAUAGAAGAAAUCAAAACGGCUUCGCUAAACCACCACUUUCAACAAACUGCUGCCACAUUCAGAGAAUUCAGCCAAAUGUUUUUGAAUAAAAACUAAAACAACGGCUUUACAUGAUGACAAAUAGUUUUACUCUUUUAUGCCAAGUUUGAGGUUUUUAAAUCUUGAUUUACUCUGCAAGGAUUUGAACAGAACUGAGUUCUGACUAAAUGCUUUAAACUUUGAUAUAAACAAGUAUGUUUUAUUUUUUACUUGAUGUAAAAUUAAGUUUAAAACACAAAAAGAUUCAAAGUGCUCUGUGUCUGUAUUUUGGUUAAACACCAUAUAGCCAUAUGGCUUCCAUCUUUUAUUUUUGUUGUUACUAUAAAAAGAUGCCAGAAAUUUAACUUGUAUGGUUUCUUUUUUUAGCCUCGGCAAUUUUUUUAAAGUAUUUCAAGUUGAUCGAUUGUUUUUCAUGUUUUCUUGGGACAUCGGUCUUAUAGGAAAGCCUGAAGCCACAGGGGUCAGGACACAUCUAACCCUAACCUUCAUCCAGCACCUGGUGAUGCUUUUGGCUUACGGUCUUAAUAAAAACCCAUCUUUCAAGUUAAGCCAAGUCAUAAUAUUUUGAUUGUGCACAAAAGGUCAACAUUUUGACAAAAUUCAGAUUCCAUCAAAUGUGUAAUCCUAGCUAGUUUUUGUAUUUUUCCAAAUAUAACUUGCAUUUUUCAUGUUUACAGCUCAAGAGUUGAUGAAACAGUUGCAGCAUUUAAUCAACCUAAGAAUAAAAUUCUAAUUGAUGAUUACAUUAGUCUGAUUUGGGUGGAAAAUGUAUUUGAGUUUGUGCAGUACCCAGUUCUGUCUAUAAGGUACAUAUGAGGCAUCUUUACAUGUGCACUUAUAACAGAACUGACAUGAUGGUGGGCCUGGAAGUAUCCAAACAUCACUGCAGCGUUUCUUCUUAAGCAGCAGUUUAAUAUCAUUUACAUGGUAACAACAAACACAUCUGAUUAAGAAGCUGUAGAUACCUGUGAACUGGGAUGCGUCACAAUAAUGAUCUACCCUCACUGAAAUGGUUUAAGUUUUAAAAAACUGUAAAGAUGUUUCAUUUGAAUCUCCCCAUAUGUGUCAGGGGUUUUAGUGCAGCGAUGCAACAUUUUAACAGCAAAUGUAAAACAAGUUUGGAAGUAGAUGCUCCUGUGCUGCAACAAAAACAUGACAUCUCCACAAAAAGAAGAAGCCAUCAGCAACACUGCACACCAUCAGGCCAAUGCCACUUUAUUGUGAGAACUCCACUUUGUAAAAUGUGCAUUGAACCUGCUGAGAAUCCCUCUGUGAUGUAUCGUCUGUAGAAUAGUGCCAGUUUGACUGAUUGUCAGUGCACUGUGAUGUUCUGACAGUGCUGCUAAAUCAUAUUGCACGUUUCCCCUUUCAUGUUUGCUCCCGAUAUUGGUCCACUGCAUUCAGCUCUUAGUGCUGCCUGUUAGAGGGAUGAAUUACCAUCAUCUGAAUUUUAAAAACGACCAGUUUUAGAAAUAAAUGGCUAACACCAUAAAGCAUGUUUCAGCUGUGUUCCUAAUCUCAACAACAUAUUGUACAUAAUUUACAGUUUGCACAACGUCUUCCUCUAAAGGCGCAACGGAACAAAGAAAGAGACCGUCCCCUAUGGAGGGAUAUCUAAUAGCACAUUCAAUGCCUCAUUUACAGCUCUGUAAUAACCAGAAAGAAGCUAAAUAUCAAAUUUCCCCCAAAAUGGCUAAUAUCAAACAUACAAUAUAUGACAUAAGUUCUGAUACAACUCUGGUGAUCUGCAAGAUAAAACCAUAAAAAUACAAUACUGUGCCAGGCAAAGACUUCUGCAUUUUGGCUGCUGCAACUCAAGUGGAAGAAAAAAUACACAACAAAACAAAAUUUACCUU